UGCGGGUGAAGCAGGUUUCUCCUGAAGGGGAGAACUUGCUCCCUUUCUGACUACAGGCUGGGGGACGCACUAGGACUGAGCUUGAAGCCUGCGGGGUUGCUGCUGGCUUCCCCUCCUCUCCUGCCCACUCUGGUGGAGGGAGAGACCGCCAGCAGCCCUGGGUCCCACCUGCUGGGCAGACUCCCCCACCCUCGGUCCAGGUUCCUUUCCACGUCUGACCCGUGUCCAGUUCCUAGAAGGUGGCACCUGGGACCCGUGCGGGGAAGGACGGCCGGCUCGGGGCAGGGCCGGCAGGCGCUGUCGAAGCUGGGACCUGGGGCUCCCUGGUUCCCCUUCUGCGUCUGCCACGUGGUUGGGCCACUGCAGGAGAUGCCGGGGCCUGACUCCUGAGGCCAGUGGGAAACCGCCGUGUAGCCGGGCGUUGUUGUGUCUCUGCUGGUUUUCAUUUUGAUCAUUUACUUGAAAUGCUCUGUACCACUCAUGUGUACUCAACCCACUCCUGUGAAGCAAGUCUUUCGAUGUGUUUUUGUUCCGACAUCUGCGCUUGGAGUCCGUAAAACACGCCUCCCUCUUGUGGGGUGGCCCGUGGGGUGGGGGAGCUGCCAGCCUGGCCUGUGGGGCUGGAGCCGCUGUGUCCGCGGUGGGUCUCCCCUCCGGCUACUCCCUGCCUGAGGGCACAUCUGUGCAGGUUGUGGGGGGGGUGCCCCGUUUCCUGAGGCUCUUCAGAGGCUGAAUGUUUAGCAGAUGUAAUUUAUUUGACAUGCUUUUUUUCUUUCCCAUGUGUGAAGUCUCAGCUUUAAAACAUCCUUGGUCAGGGCGUCCCAUCUGGGUUCAGCAGUAACGAACCUAACUAGAUCCCUGGCCUCACUCAGCGGGUUAAGGAUCCCAUGUUGCCAUGAGCUGUGGUGUAGGUCGCAGAUGCACCUCGGAUCCCGUGUUGCUGUGGCUGCGGUGUAGGCCACAGCUUACAGUUCGGCUCCAAUUCCACUCCUAGCUGGGAACCUCCAUGUGCCACGAGUGUGGCCCUAAAAAGCAAAAAAAAAAAAAAAAAAAAAAAAAAUCCUUGGCCAGCUGUGGGAGCUUCAGAUACAGCCUUCUGUACACCCUUCUGUACAGCCUGCUGCAGUGCCUGCGGUGGCUUUUGCCAUCUGAUGUGACUCAAAAUAAAAGAUGACCUUGUCUUCUUGGGCCUGUGUCUCUCCCCCAGGAGGUUCCCCCAGGCCCGAGUGUGAGGCUUCACCCAGCAGACUCUGCUGGCACGUCUCCCUGGGGCCGGCAGCCUGCUGUGGGGACUGCACGGGGCUCUGAGCUCCCAUCCGCCCCGGCUGAGUCAGAGUGUCCUCUGUGGGGGUGUGGGGACCAGCAGCUGGCCUGAGCCUCCUCCCUGGGAACAGCUGGUGGCUGUGGCUGGAAGGCAGAGCCAGCUCAGGAGUGGGCUCCCUCUGCUCCUCCAGGUGCUCACUGGGGGUCUGGGCCCCAGAAGGACCAAAGGACCCUGUCGUCGACCUUGCAGGACCGUGCCAGAGGCUGGCACUGGUGCAGUGUCCGUGCAGCAGCCAGGCACUGGCCCCUGAGGGGAGGGCCGGCAGCCCUUUGCUGACCGGGUGCUGACCACGGGUCAUGUCGAGGCCUCCGGCCAGGCUCCUCUUCUGCAGCGUGACCUCAAGACCUGGGCUUGGCAGCCGGGUGCUGAGGCUCCAGGAGUGAGCGCAGGAUUCACCAGGCCCGGCUGCUCUUGUCCUUGGAGGCGACCCCUCUGCCCGAGCCAGGAGAGAGGCCGGUGUCCUUGGACAGACACUCCAUGUCGUCCCCGCCCAGCUUGUCUCAUUGCUCCUGCUGGGCGUCUGCAAGUUGGGUCUGGGGUGCUGUGCCACCUCCCUCGAGGCCAGCUCGCUUGGCCUCCGUCUGCACCGGCCGGCUGGCAGUGGGGGUCCCAGCAGAGCCUGUCGACUCACCCUGGCCUGGGGACCUGCCCCUGUCAUUCUCCUUGGCAGAAUGGCCGCGGAGGGCACUGGUUCACCUGGCAGGGCAUAGCCAGCGAGGACUCACCCUUGUGCUGGCCUCUGGGGGGGCUCCAGAGGCCCAGCUGUCUGAGGGCAGCCCUUGUGCCCCGAGGGGGUGGUGGCCUCGGCCACCUGGUGCUCCUUCCCUCAAGGUCAAUGGGUCUCUCCCCUGCUGGCCUCGCUCACCCAGUGGCGGGUACCCAGUGGCGGGUACCCAGCGGCGGUGAGGCUGGGACAGGCUGGGAGCCCAGCUGGCUGGCGGCUGUCCUGCUGCUGGAUCCUGCCUUUCCCAGGAGCAGGACCAGUGCCUGGGCACCCCAGGACCCUGGGGCGGGGGGCGUGCAGCAGGGCGGGAAGGACCCCAGAGAGGCUGUGAGGGUGGGUCACAGAGUGAGCUCCUGGGCACGCCCAGCCUGAAGGACGUGGGGGGCUUGGGAAGGCUCAGCCCCUCCCGUGGGGCAGUCGGAAUGUGGGAGGGGGUGGUCACCGGGGGUUCCGCCCCCAUCCACGCCCCCGGGCUGGUCUGGGAGCCCGCGGAGGCUGAGGAGCAGCGCCCGUGAGCCCUCCCCCUCGGAGCCCGCCAGCUCUGGGGAGGAGGGGAGGGUUUAUUCGGCGGCGGCGCGGGCGGCGCGGGCACCGUUCAGAGAGGGGAGGCCAGUGGAGUCUGCAGGGACAGGAGCGCAUCCCGCUGCCGCGUCCCUCGUGCAGUAGCCCCGCUCAUCCUGCGCAGACAUGUACUGGCGGCAGCCAGGCGUCCCCCGGGGCUGCGCCCCGGCAUCUGGGCUCUGAGUGCAUUCGGGCGCCUGGGCUCACAGAGCUGAGCCGCCGCCGCCGGCGGGGUCUGGAGCCGCCGCCAACAUGCGCUGGGCCUGGGCCACCACCGUGGCCCUCCUCUGGCCGCAGCUCAUGCUCCUCGGGGGCGUCAGGGCCCGGCGGGAGCCCAAGAGGCCACGGCAGCCUGGCCAGCGCCUCGCGUCCCUCAACGCCACCAUGUCCAGCAGCGAGGGGCUGCCAGGCUUCCCCAAGCUGCCUGAGGCCUCGGGCCCUGAGCUCACAGAUGCCCACAUGACAUGGCUGAACUUUGUCCGGCGUCCUGACGACGGGGCAUCGAAGAAGCGGUGCCGAGGCCAGGACAAGAAGUUGCGAGGCCUCUCCGGCCCCCCAGGGCCUCCUGGGCCCCCCGGACCCCCAGGACCCCCCGGGUCAGAGGUCAACCAGGAGGCUGUGCUGCGGGAGUUUCAGAAGAUGCUGAAAGGUAGGCCCGCCUCUGCCCUCUCCUCCCAGACGCUCAGGAGUUCCCCCUGGUGGGGGGGUGACUCCACCCUUGUUCCCACAGAGGCCACUGAGCAUCGGUCCUUGGGGCUGCUGGACCCCGUGCUGCCCGAGGGGACGGGCAGGCGGCUGGUGGCCGAGGCCUUCCACUGCCGGCUGAGAGGCCCGGUGCUGGUGGACAAGAAGACGCUGGCGGAGCUGCAGGGCUUCCAGGCUCCCACCGCCCAGGGUGCCUUCCUGCGGGGGUCCGGCCUGAGCCUGGCCUCCGGACGGUUCACGGCCCCGGUCACGGCCAUCUUCCAGUUCUCUGCCAGCCUGCACGUGGACCCCAAGGAGCUGCAGGGCAGGGCUCGGCUGCGGGCCCGGGACACCGUGCGAGUGCUGGUCUGCAUCGAGUCCCUGUGUCAUCGCCACACGUCCCUGGAGGCCAUCUCCGGCCUGGAGAGCAGUGGCAGGGUCUUCACGGUGCAGGUGCAGGGGCUGCUGCAGCUGCAGGCUGGACAGUACACCUCCGUCUUCGUGGACAACGGUUCCGGUGCGGCCCUCACCAUCCAGAGCAGUUCCAGCUUCUCCGGCCUGCUCCUGGGAACGUGAGGGGAAGCCGCCCGCCCCCCCGCCCUUUGGGAAACCUGUGGUCAUGGCAAUAAAGAGCCUCUGCCCCC